AAGGCCGGUUGCCGGGAACUGCUUGCAUUUACAAGGAAGGCCCGCGGGUGCAGGGGGACCAGUCACCGGGGGACCCUACGGACCCGGCAGACCCAUCACGGUGGCGGGGGAAGGGCGAGGGACAGGGCAGGGCUUGUCACCCGGGGACCCGAAGGACCCGUCCGGACCGUGCCCUGGCCGUCGUCAUCCCUUCGGCCCCGGCAGCUGGCACCUCAGCCCCUGAGGCCGGCCCACGGACGGCCGCUGUCCCUCGAGCCCCGGACCAGCGCCUGCCGCUCUCUGGUCCUGAGGCUGCGGAGUCUCAGCGUCCCCCACCCUCCCGGGCUGGGAGAACGGUCUCCGCCCAGCCCUCGGAGGCAGCGGUGGCUGGACCCGCCCAGCCCAGGCCGAGCCGCGAGAACUACAUUUCCCAGAUUGCUGCGCGUCCCCGGACUCCACUUCCCAGCAGCGCCCGGGGCGUCCCCGAGGACUGCAUUUCCCAGAGUCCCGAGGGCAGGCCCGUAGGUACCUUCCCGGUUCUGCCCCCUCCACCUGGCAGCCGCUCGAGGCUGGAGACUCAAGCCCCUGCCGGAAGCCGCUCUCCAGGCGACGGGCCGGUCGCAGGUGCAGCCAACAUGAGUGAACCUGGAGGGUCAGUCCGAGUCCUAGUGACAGGGGGAUCUGGGCUGGUGGGCAGAGCCAUCCAAGAGGUGGUAGCAGACGGAGCUGGACUGCCUGGAGAGGACUGGGUAUUCGUCUCCUCCAAGGACGCAGAUCUUACGGACGCUGCACAGACCCGAGCCCUGUUUGAAAAGGUCCGGCCCACGCAUGUCAUCCACCUUGCGGCAAUGGUGGGGGGCCUGUUCCGGAACAUCAAAUACAACCUGGACUUCUGGAGGAAAAACGUGCACAUCAACGACAACGUCCUGCACUCGGCCUUCGAGGUGGGCGUGCAUAAGGUGGUCUCCUGCCUGUCUACCUGUAUCUUCCCGGACAAGACCACCUAUCCUAUCGACGAGACCAUGAUCCACAAUGGGCCGCCACACAGCAGCAAUUUUGGGUACUCCUAUGCCAAGAGGAUGAUCGACGUGCAGAACAGGGCCUACUUCCAGCAGCAUGGCUGCACUUUCACCGCUGUCAUCCCCACUAACGUCUUCGGGCCCCACGACAACUUCAACAUCGAGGAUGGCCACGUGCUGCCCGGCCUCAUCCACAAGGUGCACCUGGCCAAGAGCAGCGGCUCCGCCCUGACGGUCUGGGGCACCGGGAGGCCACGGAGGCAGUUCAUCUACUCACUGGACCUGGCCCGGCUCUUUGUUUGGGUCCUGCGGGAGUACAGUGAGGUGGAGCCCAUCAUCCUGUCAGUGGGCGAGGAGGAUGAGGUCUCCAUCCAGGAGGCAGCUGAAGCUGUGGUGGAGGCCAUGGACUUCCAUGGGGAGGUCACCUUUGAUACAACCAAAUCGGAUGGGCAGUUUAAGAAGACGGCCAGUAAUGGGAAGCUUCGGACCUACCUGCCCAACUUCCGGUUUACACCCUUCAAGCAGGCUGUGAAGGAGACCUGUGCCUGGUUCACCCAGAACUAUGAGCAGGCCCGGAAGUGAAGCGUGGCGUGCGGGUAGGCGCUGGUUGCCGCAGAGGCCUCGGAGACAGCAGCCUCAGACCCUGCGGGAGUGGAGGGCACUGCCUGGCAAUCCGGGCCCACCUUCUACUCCUCUGCCUGGGUGGCUCUGGGCAGCUGUGCAGUGGGGCUGCCAUUCAUGUCUGUCCUCAGGGAAACCAAGGGCUGGUCAGGCCCGGCACCUUGCUCCCCGACACCAGUCCUGGGGUCCUGAGUGUGUCCCCUCCUAAUCCUGCUCUCCCACUCCCUGGGAGGUAAUAAAGUCCAUUUUCCCAG